CAUCCUGCACUGUUUGUUUUGACAGAUUUCCAGGUGAUGUUGGGGUACCUGAGCUUUGUAGCGAAUUUCUGCAAUCGAUUUGGGAGUUUUGAUAAGUAAAAUGACAAAAAGUUGGAUGAGAUUUCUUUUCUGGUUCGCUCAGGAGCAUGUUGACUUUCGACAUGCGGAGAUCGAGUCCUUAACGCAAUUAUUUGGGAUCAAGUGGAAUUUGCAGCCUUUAGUACACAAAGAGCAACCCUUCUGGAUAGUAGAACUACCCGAUGAAAACUCAGCAAGGAUCAUUGCCUCCCGCUCCAUUUCAUUACGUUGCAUCAUCCAUCUAUGGAGUCACGCCUCCUCAGUGACUAACCUUCACGAGAACACUCGAAAUUAUAUCAAAGAAAAUUUCAACGACGUCAAUCAUUUCUUCAGUCCCGAUAAGUCUUUCAAGAUCACAGUGGAAACUUACAAUAAACAUUUCAGCCAAAAGGAGAAGAUUGAAAAAAUCGAAACAUUCGACUAUUUACCAUUUCGAGGUGAGGUAGAGUUGAAAACACCCGACGUGGAGUGGUGGUAUAUCGAGUAUUAUGGGCUGAACCCGCGAGAUGUUCCGCCGCAGCCAUUCGAUGUCCUUUUUGGAAGAUGGAUUGUAGAUGGCCAACGGAAUCUAAUUAAGGAAAUGUCACUGAAAAAGAGAAAAUUCAUUGGGAAUACGAGCAUGGACACCCAAUUGAGUUUACUAAUGGCUAACCAAGCAAAAGUUAAGCAAGGUGACUUCGUUUUUGAUCCUUUCGUUGGAACUGGAUCGUUGUUAGUGAGUGCAGCGAAAUUUGGAGGUUUUGUAAUCGGAGCAGACAUCGACUAUAUGAUGAUACACGCUAAAUCUCGUCCCAGUCGAAUUACACAAAAGCAACGUGAAAAAGAUGAAAGUAUUAGAGCUAACCUGGAGCAGUACAAUUGUGCAGAUCGAUACGUAGAUGUUAUUGUAUCUGAUUUUUCAAAUCCCAUAUGGAAUGACCGGAUACGCUUUGAUAGCAUUAUAACAGACCCUCCUUAUGGAAUCAGGGAAGCAACUGCAAAAAUUGAAACGAAAAUCAGCCAAAAACCAGACACAAGGACAGAAGAUUCGCCGCAUUAUCCAUCGACUAGUCAUUAUUCACUAGCGAAUCUCUACGCUGAUUUACUUACAUUCGCAGCGAAGCAUUUAACAAUGAACGGGCGGCUGGUAUGCUGGCUUCCUAUUCACAACGAUGACUAUACAGAAGACCAAAUACCGAAGCAUCCCUGUUUGAAGCUGAUUGCAAAUUCGAACCAGCCAUUGAGUGCGGCAACUGCUAGGCGUCUUCUUACAUACGAGAAAGUAUUUGAAGUUGAUGAGCGAUCCAGUGAUGAGUCCGCUGUUAUCCUUGGAGACUUUAGGCAAAGGUAUUUUGAAUUUGGUGAGGAAACUAGAAAAGAGAGGAGAAUGCGAAGAGCGGAAUUGCGAGAAAUUGGUAGGCAAGAAGCACUGAAACGAGGGAAAACGAUAGAUGAGAAUGGAAAAGUGAUAAAAAAUAAAUGA